AAUCAGUCCCCGAAGAUGGCGGCGGCGUCGGAGGAGCGGAUGGCUGAGGAAGGAGGCGACGGCCACGGCGACGACGGCGCCUCUCCGGCCGUCGGCUCUGCCCCGCGGCUGCCCCCGCCGGCCCCGGCCCCGGCCCCGCCGCCGGGCUCCCAGACGCCCCCCGCCCCGGCGCUGGCUCCCGACCAGCUGCCUCCCCACAACACGCUGGUGGCGCUGCCCAUCGUAGCCAUCGAGAACAUCCUCAGCUUCAUGUCCUACGACGAGAUCAGCCAGCUGCGCCUGGUUUGUAAAAGAAUGGACUUGGUCUGUCAGAGAAUGUUAAAUCAGGGAUUUCUAAAAGUGGAGAGGUACCAUAAUCUAUGUCAGAAACAAGUUAAAGCACAACUCCCGAGGAGAGAGUCAGAACGGAGAAACCAUUCAUUAGCUCGUCAUGCAGACAUCCUUGCUGCUGUUGAAACAAGACUAUCACUGUUAAAUAUGACUUUCAUGAAGUAUGUGGAUUCUAACCUCUGUUGCUUCAUCCCAGGAAAGGUGAUCGAUGAGAUUUAUUAUGUGUUGAGAUAUGUCAAUUCUACCAAAACCCCUCAGCGAGCUCAUGAAGUACUUCAGGAGUUAAGGGAUAUUUCCUCCAUGGCCAUGGAAUACUUUGAUGAAAAGAUUGUUCCAAUUCUAAAGAGGAAAUUACCAGGAUCAGAUGUAUCUGGAAGACUCAUGGGCUCUCCUCCAGUUCCAGGACCUUCUGCAGCCCUGACAACCAUGCAGCUCUUCUCCAAGCAGAACCCUUCAAGACAGGAGGUCACCAAACUCCAGCAGCAGGUGAAGACGAAUGGUGCCGGGGUGACAGUUCUCAGGCGGGAAAUUUCUGAGCUUCGCACCAAAGUGCAAGAGCAGCAGAAACAGCUUCAGGACCAGGACCAGAAACUGCUAGAGCAGACCCAGAUCAUAGGUGAACAGAACUCACGACUGGCAGAGUUAGAGCGCAAGCUCCGAGAAGUGAUGGAAAGUGCCGUGGGCAACUCCUCCGGGUCUAGGCAGAACGAAGAGUCUCCCCGGAAGAGGAAAAAGGCAGCAGAAGCCAUUGACUCUCUUAGGAAAUCGAAACGUCUCCGGAAUAGGAAGUAGAUCGGAGUGUGGUUCUAGCUCCAGAGGAAGACCUUGGCUUAGUGGCUUAAGCAGUGCUUCAUGUCAGGGCCCCGUGAGCCACACGGUGUCCCUUAGGCUUCUAGGCUCUCAGAACACAACUUAAACUUGAACGUUCCUGGUUGGGACAGUCUUUCUCUGCUUCUCCUGGUUGAACUGAUGCACAGAAUCUUUUUACUUUGCAAAAGAUUUGUAUUAACCAGACUUGUUCUAUCAUGUUUUGAGGAGUUAACUUUUUUUCUGUGCAGAUAAUGUUUAAAGUUUGUUUCUGCAUAUAUGCACAUUACGUAAGGAUCUUAAACGAACCAGUCUCGACAGACUAGAAGUUAAGUUCAAUACAGAAAAUGUCCUGUUCACUUGAAAGAAAAGAUCUACUUUUUAAUGGACAGUAUCUUGUUUUUAAAAAAAAAAGUUGACUUUUUGUUAUAAGUGACCUUUGUCUGGAAUGUCUGAAAAGUAGUAAAUGCUUUUUGGUAUUGAAGUAAUGGGUAACUAAAAUGGACUUCCAUAGUAUUGGCUGUAGAUGGGCCUCUACAGUAUUGACUAUAUAUUUUUAUAAACUACUGGCAAGGAGACUUACCCAGUUGUUCUAUACAUAUUUCGUUCUCUUUUGGGGCCGUGUCCUACAUUUGCAUGAAUGGAUGCAUGCAUUGCCCAGUCAGCUCAUUUAAAAAGCUCUUGCACUGGUUUGGAUCUUGAACCUCUGUUCUUUCCCACAUUGUAGAGCCAUGUCUCAGUUUAUUUAAGUGCUUACCUUAACAUCUUCCACCACAACAGCUUGCCUCUGGGGGUGGGAUUUGUUCGUCUGUUUGUCGUCCACUUUCACGGAGCAGAGUAUGAAAGCCCUUUGCUCUGUCUAUUCUCUGUAGGGUUCAGGUACACUGGCUAAGGCAGAACCCCACAUUGCGAGGCUCUUGCAUAUCAGUAUCAGACCUCCGGGACCUAAUACUGGUCCUUCCUCACCACUGUGCAUGGCUCUCUGAUCAAAUGUGGUGACCCAGUGGGGACCCAACUCGGGGGAUGCAGUUUUGCUAUUGGAAGCAAGUUAACUGAAGGAGAUUGUUCAUUGAACAGGAAUUUUGAUCAUUUCAUUUCUGGGGGGUGACCUUGAGGGGAAGCUUUUUAAUAUUGAUCUCAAGCUUCCCUUUUCCUGCAACUUUCAACAAAAGCUUUAAUUUUGUUUGCACUCCUAUAUUGAGCUUGUUACUGGAAAAGCGUGUCUUGCACUGUUCAACCUUCAAAGUGGUCACUUUAACAGCCUCCAGAUUAUGUACAGUGGUUCUUUAACCCAGUUGUAUAUUUUUGAGACAUUCAGCAAUUACUGUCCUAGUUUUAUUUUAAUGAGCUAAAUUAUGUAGUUAUUAUUUGAACAAGUUUUAUUAAACAACUGUUGCCUUGGGCUUCAGUUAUUUAAAAUAAAGUAGGGGUAAUGUAGAAAACUAUCCCUUCCCAGGUGGGAGUUUUGUUCACCUGUGUGAAAUAUAAGGUUUUGGUAAGUACCUUAGUUGAAUAAAAGCACAAGGUAACCACUUUUUUUUUUUUAAUCUGUCCGGUAUAACAUGGUUAUGCAUCCUUUAGAGUCACUUCACCAAAUGAAACUUUUUUCCUUGAUCAUUUUUAAUAUUGUCCUUACCUAAAACUGUCCUUAGAUUUUAUUCAACUUAAUGUCUGACUUUGAAACUCCAUUUACAAUGUAGUAUGUUUUCAAUGAAAAAAAAAAAAAAAAAAAAAACAAAGUACCAUCCAAGUGUUCUAUGGUUUGUUGGGAAGGUAAUUUUAAAAUAAACAAUUUCCAAAAAAACAUUUGUCAGCCAAGGUCAUCCAUAAAGGUCCCCGUCUGGAACUCAUUUUCUCAGCAGGUCUCAUUUUUGUAAUUGUAGGAUUUAGCCAUAUUAUCAUAAUUUUAGAGGAAGCCUGCAGGAAUACCAUGGCCUUUACCGAUAGCCUGCUUUCCUGGUUAUAGGAAGAAUUUUUUAAGUAACAAAGUACAUGUUUACAGGUUUAUAAAGUACGAUCCUUAGGCAUCAAAAGGAUAUAACCUCAGAUUAUUUAAGAGUUGCUAAUGGAUUUUUAUUUCAGUUAUCUGUAAGCUACAUCUAGAUACCCUAAAUCUCUCCAUAGUCUCCCAUUGUAAAUACUUCUAGGAGUAUUUAACUUUCAUAAUGAGUCUUCACACUUGUAGAAGGUAGAUUUUCUGUUUCCAAAUCCAAAUUUCUAAGCGUAGAGUGUACACUUAUUACCGCCUGUCCAUAGAUGAAUGAACUCCAUGCAUGAGCAUUCCGUAACAGUAGGAGAACAAAGCACUACAAUUCAGUUGUUUGUUGUAAGUCUUAAAUACUCAAUUCUAGAAUUUUGCCUUGAGCGAUUUGAUAGCUACUAUACUUGCUUUUGGAUAACGGUGAUAUUUAGAGUUCAACAAUUCACAAAUUAUUUGAAUAGCUAAAACUGACAUAGGAAAAUUGUUGAUUAGCCUCCUUGAGACCCAGCCUGCCCUGGAGUAUAGGACAGGAGUGUAAAUGCUCUAUGUUAAUGUCCGAGCACAUUAGUUUAUAAGUAUUAUUCACAUCUGCCCAACUUUUUCAGGGGGAUUUCUCUUUGUGAAGGGGUCAGUCUCACUUACAAUGUGACUGUUGCCCUGUGGACAUAGAGUGUGACAAAGCCUUGUAAAAAAUGGAGAAGACUGUCCGUCUCAUCCCCACUGGACUCCCAGCGUGGGUGGACUUAGUUUUCACAAACAUUCAGAAAUGUGAAUUAUUUCAAAAUACAAGUUUAUAAAACCUGUCAUUUUUUAAACCUCUUUCUCGAUAUGCAGAGUGUGAAAACACAAAUGUAUUUCAAAGUCAAUCAUACUGUUUUUACAGACUUGGGGUGCCAUCAGGUCUAAAGCCACUGAUUUGGAAGUAACUUUUUGGUAAAGUGUGUUUUUUUGUUUUUUGGGUUUUUGUUUUUGUUUUUUUUUUUUUUUUUUUUUUGAGUACUGAAUUUUACAGGGGCUUGCCUUAAUCUCUAGUAGUUUCAAGAUGUAUGCGCUAUUCUACUUGUUAAAAUGUUAGGAUAUUCUGUGUAGCCCCAAAGGGGGUAAAACAGAGUAUAAGUAAUGCCUAAUAAAUAAGCUAAAAGGUGUCACUACGGCUGAAUUUUGAGAGAAGAUGGACGUAUGAAAAUAGGCUAUGUGAAGUAAAUGAAAAUAAUGGCACCUUAAGAUUGCACUAUUUUAUGCAUUAUUUUAUAUGCCAUUUCAUAGCCUGCACUUUAUUCUCCAAAGAAAUAAUGUAUGAUGUCCCAGUUGUUCCUUAUUGUUAAUAAACUUUUUCCUAAGACAGGGAACUAUUCUAUUUUACUAUACUGAAUUAGUUUCUUGGAGGGUGGAUUCCUAUUUCCUUAGCCAUAUUUUCUAGGAUCUAGGAACUCUUUGUCUAUUUCAAACAGUAUAUAAUUUUAAUUUAAUGUAGUAUAAAAUCUCAUACUUGGUGAUCAGCACAUUCUUAUAACCUGCUAGCAGUGAGUACCCAUUUGUUGCGCUUACUGAAUCCUCUAAAAAUAACUAUUCUGUAAGAUUUGAUGCCAGGAAUGAAAGAUAUUCUGAAAGGAAGCCGUACAGGACGCAGUCUCUUGGAAAUGGCUGUUUCUAAUGUAAACUCCAACCUGGUACGACAUCCAGUUGUUUGGAAUAUGUACGAUUUCCUUUAGUCCAAAAGAGGUUCUUAAGUUAAAACUAUUUAAAAGUAAACUUGUGUAGCCUACCACAUACAGUGAACUAUUUUCAAAGAAUGCUUAAGUAAUUUGCAAAAUCGAACUAGCAAUUAGUUGACUUAUUACCUGCCGUGAUUUUAUUUAUAAUAGCGAUACAUUUAUAUGAUAAAUAGGAUAGGCUUAUAGAUAACAUUGGCCUUUUCCAGCUUCCUAAGAAUCUUUGCAGAAGUUCUGAUGUUCGAAAGUUACGCCCCAGUUUUUCCUGUUGUGUCCAGAAAGAACCAGGGAACUUAGAAGCAUACUGAUAAUCUAACAGACCCAUUGCUAAAAGUAUACUGGUCCAUAUUCAGAACUAUACCAGAAGUUGAGAGUGCUUAAAAUUCCUUUAUGUGGUACUAUGUGUGUUUACUUAUGCUCAUGAGCAACAAUAAAUUACUAGUUUACCUUUUGGAUUUUAAUUGUUAUAACCUAAUUCAAUUAUUGGAACGUGAAGAACACCUCCCGCUCACACAACAGGGUACAGAAAUAAAUGUGUUGUUACCAGUGCUA